AUGUCUCAGGUUUACAUCCCUUCUGAGCAAAUCACAUUUAUCAGGCAUCCUUCUCAAGAUCUGAACACUGAAGUCAUGUUCCUGACUCAUAACUACCAGCACAUCCUGGCCUUGGCUUUUGCCAUAAAGGAGAUCAAUGGACAUCCCUCAAUUUUACCAAAUGACACCCUUGGUUUCCACAUCUAUAACAGCCAUUUCAGUGCAAGCUGGACCCUCCAUGCCUCAUUGGAACUUCUUUCUUUGCAAGUAUUGGUACCUAAUUAUAAGUGUGACAUCCAGAAGAAUUUGGUAGCGGUCAUUGGUGGGCCAAGCACUAACAUUUUUCUGCACAUGGCACUCAUUCUCUCCUUGUAUAAGAUUCCACAGAUGGCAUAUGGAUCUGUUACAGUGCUGAAUAAGAAAAUGCAGGAUGGUGUCUUUUACCAGAUGUUCCCAAAGGGGGACUAUCAAUACAACGGGAUUCUUCAAUUGCUGCUUCAUUUCCAUUGGAUCUGGAUUGGUGUGAUUACUCUAGAUGAUGAUAAUGCAGAAACCUUUGUGCAAAAUGUGCUUCCCUCUUAUUCCAAGAAAGGCAUAUGCUUCGAGUUUGUAGGAAAGUUGCCUCCAUUAACAUAUCUCACUGGCUUCAACCAGAUGAUUGAAGAAGGCUUAGGAACUUUAAAAAUUAUUAUGGAGAAAACUGCCAAUAUUUUGUUCAUUCAUGGAGAAAUUCAUACCAUGAUGGUUUUGAGACUGCUGCUCCAUCUCUCAACAUUUGGAGAUAGGCCAGUAGAGAUAAAGAAUAAAGUAUGGAUUAUGACAGCCCAGAUGGACUUCACAUCAUUACCCCUUCAAAGAAAUUCAGACAUAUAUUUUCUCCAUGGUGCUAUGUCAUUUGCAUUUGAAUCAAAGGAAGUUCUAGGUUUCCAGCAGUUUGUUCAGAACAGGAACCCUGUCUCCGAAAAAGAAGAUGAUUUUAUCAGGACUUUCUGGGAGCAGGCAUUGCUUUGUUCAUUCCCUACCUCUGGAAAAGGCCAACCAAAUGAGAAGAUGUGCACAGGAAAAGAAAAGCUAGAAUCUCUUCCUGAAUCUGUUUAUGAAAUGAGCAUGACUGGCCUCAGCUACAGCAUCUAUAAUGCUGUGUAUACAGUGGCACAUGCUUUACAUGACAUGCUUUCAUCCACAUCACAAGGCAGAACAAUGAUGGUUAAAGGGAGGAGAAAGAAUUUGAAUCAAUAUCCAUGGCAGCUCCACCACUUUCUGAGAGGUGUCUCAUUUAACAACAGUGCUGGAGAAAAAAUUUCCUUUGAUCAAAAUGGUGAAAUCAUGGCUGGAUUUGAUAUUAUCAAUUGGAUCACAUUCCCAAAUCAGUCCUUCCGAAGAAUCAAAGUUGGUAAAAUAGAUCCCAAGGCUCCAUCAGACCAAAUGUUUUCUAUUCGUGACAAUGUUCUUAUAUGGCCCAAUAGGUUUAACCAGGCACUGCCCCUUUCUGUGUGUAAUGAAAAUUGCUAUCCAGGUUCCUUCAAGAGAAAGAAGGAGGGCAAGCCAUUUUGCUGCUAUGAUUGCUUUCCAUGUCCAGAAGGCCAGAUUUCAAACCAAAAAGAUAUGGAUGUCUGUUUCCAGUGUCCAGAAGAUCAGUAUCCAAAUCCUGAACACAAUUUGUGCAUUCCAAAAACAAUGAGCUUCUUGUCUUAUGAAGAACCUUUAGGGAGUGGCCUGGUCAUUCUUACUUCUUCUUUUUCUGUCAUAACAGUACUAGUGCUUUGGAUUUUCCUUAAGCACCAGGACACUCCCAUAGUUAAAGCCAACAAUGAGAACCUCAGCUUCAUUCUCCUCAUUGCCCUCUUGCUCUCAUUCCUCUGUGCUUUCCUAUUCAUUGGCCAGCCUAAAAAGAUAAUGUGCCUUCUUCGACAAACUGCCUUUGGCAUAGUUUUCUCUGUGGCAGUUUCUUCAGUGUUAGCCAAAACCAUCCUUGUGGUUCUGGCCUUCAUGGCAACCAAGCCGGGAUCUGGGAUGAGGAAAUGGCUGGGAAAAAGGAUGGUCACCUCCAUUAUUGUUUGUUGCUCAUUUAUUCAAGUUACCAUUUGUGUUAUAUGGCUGUCAAUAUCUCCCCCUUUCCCAGAUUUUGACCUGCAGACAAUGGCUACAGAAAUUGUCUUGGGAUGUAAUGAAGGAUCUGUCUUCAUGUUCUACUGUGUCUUGGGCUAUAUGGGCUCCUUGGCCAUUAUGAGCUUCACGGUGGCUUUCCUAGCAAGGAAAUUGCCUGAUGCUUUCAAUGAAGCCAAGUUUAUCACCUUCAGCAUGUUGGUCUUCUGCAGUGUCUGGGUGUCCUUUGUUCCAACAUACUUGAGCACAAAGGGCAAAUACAUGGUGGCUGUGGAGAUCUUCUCCAUCAUAACAUCUAGUUUUGGGUUACUGGGCUGUAUCUUUUUCCCCAAAUGCUACAUUAUUUUGAUUAGGCCUGAAGGAAAUAACAAAACAAUUCUCAGAAGAAGAAAGAAUUGA